AUGGCAUCCAACACCAACACCAACACCACCAACGACCACAAAGUCAGCUCCGCCGCCUCCAAAGCCUACUCCAAAAUCGAACCCUCCACCUUCGGCGGCUUCGAAGCAAUGGAAGCCACCAUCCCCGCCAACGACGCCAAACCGCCCCAAGACCACAACGACCUGCUGCACGACAGGGAGCACGGCUCCGCACAGCACCAGCACAAGGAAAGCCUGCUCGGGCGGCUGAAGUCGAAACUCCCCGGGGGCGGCCAUUCGAAAGGUACCUUGGAGCCUGGCACGGAUGGCAAGGAAGGCAAGCGUGAGUCGAUCUCCGACUCCGGGCCGUAUGUGUUCGCGUUUGAUCCGAAGCAGGGGAAGGAGGUGUUGCAGAAGAAUCCGCAUUGGCCGAAUGAGGAUACGUGGAAGAAGGAGAAGGAGACGGAGGGGCAGUGGGGUUUUGGGAGUAUGAUGGGUCAGCAGAACAAGGAUUUUGGGGGGACUGUGGGUUGA